AAGGGACGAUUCACGAUUGUGUUAUAUAUUCUGUGGUAUCAUGAUAACCUAAAAAUAUGUUAUUUCAAACUUGUGCCUCUUUUAUAAAAUUAGUGGUAUGUCAUUUGUGUUAGUGGUUUAAUUGCCAGAGAUGGCAAACACACAACAUUUGGAGUUAUCGCACUUUAUAAAAAAAGUUCACGAGAACUUGAGAAACGACUCGAAGAAAUAUGGAAUUGAUAAAGCGUGGAAAGAACAUUGCUCAAAACGGGACAUGCUAGAUCAAUAUGCCGCGGCAAUGCACGAACUUGCCAGCAAAAUUUGGGAGAACAAUUAUGCGAAAGAAAAUACUGCUGCGUUUUCCCGAAUUAAUUGGAUUUUCAACUACUGCAACUUCUACUUCUAUGGGGAAGAAAUCCUACGACAACGCCUACGCGAGAAAGAAAUUGGUCUCAAAAUUAACUUAACUUUAGACCUCCCAAUGGCAAAGCGUGGAAAAAUUAGACUUCUGGACGUUGGCAGUUGUUAUAACCCCUUUAAGGUGUUUGAGUGUUUUGAUGUUACAGCUAUAGACAUUGCACCUGCAACUGCAGAUGUUGCCUUGUGCGAUUUCUUAAAUGUGGACAUUGCGACUGAGUGCCUGCAGACAAGGUUUCAGUUACAGGAAGCUUUGUUUGAUGUAGUAGUUUUUAGUUUAUUUUUGGAAUAUCUGCCAACUCCAGAGCAACGUCUUAUGUGUUGUCAGAAAGCUUACAAUUUGCUUACAGUAGAAGGUAUAUUACUGAUAGUGACACCUGAUUCUAAACAUGUAGGAGCCAAUGCAAAGAUUAUGAAAUCGUGGAGAUUUCUAUUGGCUGGAUUAGGUUUUAGUCGUAUUAAAUAUGAAAAAUUGUCCCAUAUUCAUUGUAUGGCUUUUCGAAAAAGCUUAAGUUUAAGUGUGGCUAGUCGAUGGGCAGAUUUGCAAGAUAGUGUACAAUUUUUUGCAAAAAUGUAUAUACCUCAAGAUUUUAAUUCUAUUGAGAUUGACCAAGGAGAUGUAGUGAUCAAUGAAUUAACAUAAUCAGGUACACUAUAACUGUGGAUAAAAACUAUCCUCAUAGAAUCACUUCCAUAUGUAUGUAUCUUUUAAGCUGACAUAGAAGCAAUAAUGGAAUUAUACAGCAAUAGACAGGUGUUUUAUUGCAUUAUGUGUUAAGGAGACUAUUUGGAGUUGUUUCACCAGUUUGAUCGAAUUAGUAGAUUGUGAUACAGUUAAUAGUUGUUGGUCAUGGUUUCUAUCACCUGGUUUUAAAGCAGUUUAAUUUGCGCAAGCGCUUUCAUCGGCAGAGAUAUGAAGACCGUGCAUGAAAUUUUGUUAGCAAAUAAAUUAAAUUCUCCCAAUUUACGUGUUUGUAUUAAGUGCCCAUACUUUUUCCAAUAAACAUAUUUUAUAUAUAA